CCUCCUUCAUAUCCCCCUAUCCUUUCUUACUGUUUUUGCAAUUCAUAAAGAAACCUCUUAGUAGUUACAUAGCACCUUCACUUUCUCUCUUUUGUCCUUACUUAUUUCUUGAAAAAAUUUAGUGAUCAAUUUGUCAUCUUUAUAUAUAAUUUUCAGUGAUUUUAAAUACUCAUUUUUAUACUUGUUUUCUUGUUUUGAAACAUCCCAUUUAGUGCUUUGGCUUAACUCUUUCCAAUUCACAAAAAAAUUGAUUCUCUUUUGCAUUUUUGUCAUUGAGGAUUGAAUCUUCUUGCUCUUUUGUCAUUCAAGAUUGAAUCUUUUAUGCAUUUUUGUCACUAAAGAUUGAAUCUUUUUGGUCUUUUGUCACUGAAGAUUGAAUGUUUUUGCUCUUUUGUCAUUGAAGUUUGAAUCUUUUUACAUUUUGUCACUAAAGAUUGAAUCUUUUUGAUCUUUUGUCACUAAAGAUUGAUUCUUUUUGCUAUUUUGUCACUAAAGAUUGAUCCCCAAAUGGAGAAAGUUAAAGCUUGGGGUAAAGAAAGUCUAAUUACUGAGCUUACUCAAGGUAAAGAGUUUGUAAACCAGUUUGAUCCUCUGGCUUCACCAAAGGAAUGUGAUUUACUUCUUGAGAAAAUACUUUCCUCUCUAGACAAAUCAUUGUCAAUUUUGAAUUGUGAAGUUCUUAAUGGAACAAAUGAUCCUUUUCCUUUGAGGGAUCAAGGCCAAAAAAAGAAAAGAAAGAAAAUGCUGCAAUGGAGUAAACAAGUUAGAAUAUGUGGGACAGAGCUUGAAAGUUUCAAUCAUGAUGAUGGUUAUAGUUGGAGAAAAUAUGGGCAGAAAAACAUUUUAGGAGCUAUUCAUCCAAGGGCUUAUUAUAGGUGCACUCACAGGAAUACACAAAGCUGCUUAGCAACAAAACAAGUUCAAAAAUCAGAACAAGAUCCUUUAGUCUUUGAAGUGACAUAUAAAGGAAUGCAUAGUUGCAAAGCCUCACAAUCAUCAAUAUUCCUUUCAUAUGAAAACCAAAAGCCAAAUCAGUGUCAAAUAAAGAAACAAAAAGUUGAAAAGUUGAAUACUAUCAAAGAAGAAAAUGUUCCUUUCACUCCACUAAAAUGUGAAAGUCAAAAUGCCCAAUUCUUUGCCAAUUCAAUAGAGCCAUUUACAUCAGAAUCCAUGUACUUGUCAUUGUUGCCAAAUCAAGAAGAGGAGUUUGAGAUGGACAAGAUUUUUCAGAGCUCAGAAUCGGAUCGUAUUGUGUUUAGCUCAACGCCAACUUCAAUAAUUGAAUCGCCUUUUUGCAGAGACUGGGAUUCAUCAGUGGAUGAUCAACUUGAUGUUCAUGAUCCUAACUUGAUGAUCGACAUUUCUGAAUAUUUCACCUAAUUUAAGAGUAGUAACAACGUCAGGAAUUCAUAAGAUGCCAGAGAGUCACACUUAGGAUUUGAACCUCUGACCUAGAAUUGGGUCAUAUCGAGUGUUUUUGUGAUCGACACUAACUUGAGAGCCAACUCUUUGGAAAACUCUAUUUUUUGUACUAUUUUGUUUUUUCUCCUGUGAACUUUUUUUGGCAAUGUACUUUACCAUAAAUUUUGACACCACUUGUUACAAACGAUAGAAAAAAAAAAAUGUCAAGUGGCUCUAAGAUUUGUCUAAAAUAUAUAAUGUCAUGUCUGUAACAAAUUAAAAUUUUGAUUCAGAAACUAGUUAAUUUUGUUCA